CCUACCGCCUUAUCAUCGGCUGCAUCUGUUCUAUCAGCCUCGUCGGCGUCUGUUGCUUCGGCUAAGGCGACAAGUACGGGCGGUGCGAAUGCUCAUGGUGAGUGAUGUGCGCGUUUCCCGCCUGCUGGUGCAGUACACGGGAAAAAUAAAUAUGGAUAUCGGAGUUUGAGAAUGAAUGUCAUCAGUUAUAUCUUCGGCUACUGUAAGAGAUAAAUGGCGGAAUCCGAAAGAAUGUGGGCUGUGCCACCUGUAACCAACGAAGGCCUGCAUCUUCUGAUGUUUGCCACUUGCAUAUGCCACCAUACAUGCUCACCAUUCGUCCUAAGCGUAUUCCCCAUAUCGUUCGCAGUUGUGCUCGGCCGUGCAACACAUGCCGCCCUUCGUUGGAGAUUAGAAUCCGGCGAGCGUUGCGGAACACUUGACGUUUUAGCUGGUAGCACCUCACUUACAAGUACGAUUGUGUUCUCUGCUGCAACUGUGCAUGGUCACUUUUCUAGGUUUAUUCCUAGCUACAAUCUGGACCUUGUCAUCUGGUGAUGGC